CUACGCCUGAGUUUCGAAGUUCUGACCAUAUUCGUCCGCGGGGCCUUCCGAAGUUUGUUAAUUGGAUGAUUAGAACAAUUAUCUCUCUCGUCAGAAGUAGCAGUCAUCACCCAAAGCUGGCCGGGAAUAAGGUUAUUUGAAAUUUGCAGUUCCCCACAAUCUCCCAGCUCAUCCCAACAACUACAACUCGUUUCGUUUGUGCACAUCAUCAGCACUCCGCGAAGUCGGGAGAGUCUGGCCCGUCCGGACGAAAAAAAGGGGGGACCCAAAUGUGGCGAUAGUUUCGAACUCUACGUUUAGUCGUCGGUCGCAGUUCGAACGGUUCGGUCGUCGUCACUGGCAAGUGUUCUGGAAGCGGAUCAAAGUUGUUUUUUUGUGUGUGUCCUGGUGGAAAAAGACCGGCUAAGCGAAGUGAACCUUAAUUUAAUUAGUCUCGAAUUACCUUCUCCCAAAAAAAAAAGAAAGAAGUAAAACAACGGGGGUGACCACCAAAGGUGAAGUUGCGGCUUUUUUUUUGGCGGUGCGCAAGUUCUAAGUGGAAUUCACCAUGAAGCGGUUGGUUGUUUUGGUUGUGGCAACGGUAGUACAUCUCGCCAGCGGAACCGGCCUGUCGGCGCUUCAUGACUCAUCCAGUGAGAAUCGGGCCUCGUCGGCGGCGCAGUACUGCACCGAUCUGAACCCUCAGACCAGGUUGGACAUCGAGCAAAUCAUGGGUCUCUGGUACGGCAGUGAAGUCAUAACUCAUCUCGGCAACGAGGAUGGCGAAACGAUCUACGAUACUUGCGUGGUGAUUCAUCUGACUGAUACUACCAAUACUUCCCAAAUCACCGACAGCCCGUCCCGCGAUCAGGGCCCACCGGUUCGGUUCGCCACAGAUUACGGCUUUUCCGGCGAUCGAGACGGCAACCGAAGAAACCAAAAUCAGCAGAACCAACAGCAGCAGCAGCAGCAGAACUACAACUACCAGUGGCAACAGCAGCAGCAAAACACGCGCCACCUGCUGCUGAUCUGGGAGGAGAAGGAACACACCCUGGAGUACAAGCUGCGGUUCAACAAGAGUCGGCCUGGCUUUUGGAUGUCGUCGGGCCCGCAGGAGGGCACGAUGAUCAAGCUGCCGUACGUGCACUUUUCCGGUACGGUGCAGGUCCUGAAGGCCGUCAACAACCAGCUGGUGUUGACGUUCUGCCAGAGCCUGCCCGGGAGCCAGCUGUUUACGGUGGUGCUGUCGCGCCAACCGAUGGGACUGUCGCCGGAGGAAAACCACAGCAUUCGAGGUCUGAUCAAGCGCCGCAACCUGUCGACCAACUCGGUGCGCAAGGUUUGCUACAACGGUGCGUCCUCCGUCAGCAGCAACGUGGCGGCGGUCAUCCUGGUGGGAAUCACUACGUUGCUAAUGCGUUGCGCCAUCCUCUUCAAAUAAGUCCCACCUCGACUGUUGUAACAACACAACCGACUUCAACAUCACACAACUUCUCAACUCCAUUCCAUCCAACUGUUUAUUGACUAUUUAUUGACGAUUGAGUCUGUGCGUUCUGUGCGAUUGUGUGUGAUUUAUUUUGAUACUUUAAUUUUUAUAUGCAAAAAUCUGUAGUUGCUGUGUCUCUAUACUGUAGGAAAGUGCAUUCAAGGUCUCGAGUGUAAUUGUUGUAAAGUUCUAGUUAUUCGAGUCAUAAGUUAACGCUUGUAAUGUGCUUGUGGUGUUUUUUGUGAAGAGCAUGACAUUAAUAAAAACUAGUUUAGGCGCGGGCAUGAUCGCUCUUGAUAAGGUUAAUUGAAGUUGUCGUUAAUCGUUGGGACACGUUGCGCUGUUGUUCCAGAGGAAUGCCGAAAUCUGUCAUUAUUCCUGUGGGUGCGCAGUUAUGUAAAAUGAUCUUGUAACAUGUUCUAAAACAACGCACCACCCAAACGAGCUUGAUGAGCUACUUCCCCCUGCCUGGAUGCAAACCUGACCCUCUGAUGGGUUAAGUGAACGAAUUAAUUGGGGGUGUAAAAUUGAUUAAAACCCUGCGCCACGAUGUUCUGUGUACAA